AUGCAGCGUACGUACACCACGGUGUUCUCUGCUUGUGCUCGACUUGCAGAUUUGGACAGGGAAAAAAGAGUUUACGAGUUGCUGAUCACAAGCGGCUUCGAGUUGGACGAUUUCAUUAGUUCUUCAAUUGUCGACAUGUAUGCCAAAUGUGGGAACUUGGAGACUGCAAGAGAUGUGUUUGAGCAGAGUCAGAGCAAGAGUGCGGUCUCUUGGAAUUCAAUCAUCACCGGGGUGUCGUCGACGGCGACCGUGGUGAGUGUGAACAAUGCCCGGAAUAGCGUCCUGGAUACCGUGCGAGUCCUUACCGACCUCAACCUGAGCAUCCAGAAGGGGUAUAUCAGCUUCGAUGGCUGCUGGUUCCUGGACGUCUUCCACGUCACCGACGAGCGCGGGCACAAGAUCCUCGACCCCGUCCUUCUCUCCCACAUCGAACACUCCAUAGUCGUCGGUGAAAUAUCAUCGACCGAGGAAGGAGCAACGUCGGGGAUGUUCCUGGCAUUGGAACUCACCGGCGUCGACCGCCCGGGCCUACUUUCGGAGGUCUGCGCCGUGCUCAGGGACCUCAAGUGCAACGUGGUGGAGGCCAAGAUGUGGGCCCACAGCGCCAGAAUUGCUUGCCUCAUCUUCGUCAACGACCACCAUUCUGGAUUAAUCCCCACAGCAUUAGCGGAUCGCCACCCCUGCAUCCUGACCCGACUCCGCAAAGUGCUAUCUGGCAGCGCCGCCAAGGCAACCGUCGUCUCUUCAUCCCCCACCCUGACCCAUUCCGACCGCCGCCUCCACCAGCUCAUGUUCCGAGACCGCUGCGACGACGAAGCAUCGUCGUCGUCCUCUUCCUCGCAGUCGAAGCCGUCGGUGUCUGUCCAAAGGUUGGCAGAACACGGGUACUCAGUGGUCAAUGUGCAGUGCCCCGACCGCCCAAAGCUCCUGUUCGACGUCGUGUGCACGCUCACCGAUAUGGAUUACGUCGUCUUCCACGGCAAAUUUGGAGUCGACGCAGAUCGAGCCUUUCAGUGGAAAUUAGGGAAUGACGUCCAACACGGGGUGGACUCCACUGCCACCGGCAAGCACAGUAGCGUCGUCGAAUCCAACGAGUGGCGGCGGGGACAAGGCGGAGGGAAGCCGGCUGUCGACACCGUAAAAGAGAGCCUCGUCGAGUCGUCGAUGAGGUUCUACUUGGAGAAGCUACGGAGGCGGCGGAGGGUAGAGACUAGAGAUUAG